AUGGGCAGCGCUGGAUAUGAUUGCAGCAACUUUGCCGAUGAGCACCCUGACAUUGAGGUUACUGGUACUGAUCUGUCUCCUAUUGGGGAAGAAUGGGUGCCUCCCAACCUUCAGUUCGAGAUCGACGACUGCAGUCAGCAUUGGAACUUUGACAAUUCAUGUUUCGGCUUUAUUCAUAUGCGCAACUUGACUGGCGGCAUCAAGGACUGGCCUCACGUCUUUGGUGAGGCCUUCCGUUGCACCAGUCCAGGCGGGCUUGUCGAGAGCCACGAAGAGUCCUUCAUCCUCAAAAGCGACAACGAGAGUAUCGAGCCUAGGGGCGCUCUGGAAGAGAUGGGAAAUAUCUUCAAAGAGGCGGGACAUAAGACAGCCGGGUUUGUUGAUGUCGAGGAGGUGGUUAUGAGAAUGCCUAUUAGCAAGAUGCAUAAAGACCCGGACCUCCAGAAGGUCGGCCGGAUUGCGUACGAGGCAUUACUUCACGAUUUGGAGGGUCGUCUGCUCUAUGUCACCACACAAGUCUUGGAAUGGUCGAAAGACGAUACCUACUUUUUUGCGAUCAAAGUGCGGAAGCAGUUGAAGCAGAUGGAUGUGUACGUUGACCAUAGGAUUGUUGUCGGCCGGAAACCUUGGAGCGGUUCUGAUUGA